AAGUGAGGAAUGCCGAUAACCGGCAUUUCCCUAUUUACAUGCGAUCAGCUGUGAUUGGACACAGCUGAUCACAUGACCGAGCCGACAGCUUUGGCUCUUUCCGUUGAUCGGUGAUCCGCUGUGUCCGAGGGACACAGCACACCGCUGAUCGCUGCGCUGCGCGCUCCCGGAGCCGCGCAUGUGCGCGGUUAGAGUGGGGGGACGUCAUGUUAAUUCCUCCCAGAAAGAGAGAACCGCCUCGCGCCCUACAUUUCCUUAUAUGGCGCAGGGCUGUGGAGUCGGAGAAAAUUUU